CAAUGUAUCACUCACUAUCGAAAAAGGUUAUAUAUUAUUAUCCUAUCCAUAAGAAACGCCCUUGAAACACUCCACUCAACUCUCGUCACCUGUCUCUUACCUCUACUCUAGGGCUCUCAACCUUUCCCUCUCUGAUCCGUUUCCUUCUCCAAGCUCAGGUGAAACAAGAUGCAAGCUGUGAUUCGUUCGUUCGUGUCCGGUGGAAAUGUUGUCAGAUCGUCUCUGCUGCAGCAUCUCCGUGUGAUCAACCCUGCGAUUCAGCCUUCUGUGUUGUUGUCUUCACGCUCUGAGUCCACUCAGCCUGCUCGUAUGGAGGAGCAUGGAUUCGAGAGCACGACCAUUUCCGAUGUUAUGAACGCUAAAGGCAAAAGCGCUGAUGGAUCUUGGCUUUGGUGUACCACUGAUGACACUGUUUACGACGCCGUUAAAUCCAUGACGCAACACAAUGUUGGUGCCUUGGUGGUUGUGAAACCUGGUGAGCAACAAUCUCUUGCUGGUAUCAUUACAGAGAGAGAUUAUCUGCGAAAGAUCAUUGUGCAAGGUAGAUCAUCCAAAUCAACAAAAGUAGGAGACAUUAUGACUGAAGAGAAUAAGCUUAUCACCGUGACACCAGAGACCAAGGUGUUGGUCGCUAUGCAGCUGAUGACAGAUAACAGGAUCAGGCACAUUCCGGUGAUCAAAGACAAGGGUAUGAUAGGAAUGGUGUCCAUAGGAGAUGUGGUCCGUGCAGUGGUGACUGAGCAUCGUGAGGAGCUUAACCGCCUAAAUGCCUUUAUUCAGGGAGGUUACUAGACGCUAGCUACCCUUUGCUGUGUGGUGGUUGUUGAUGAAUCUCGAAAGCUUUUAAGAUGUAUGUAUAUAUAUGGAGAUCUUGGUUGUUUGUCUCAUGUUUGUUUGUUGUUUUUAAAUCUGCUUUUUCAAUUGGUUAACUUGUCAAGACUAAGCUCUUGUGCUUUCCCUUUUUUUUUAUGCUGCUACUUCUGCAAGAUAAUAAAACCAAAGACUCCCCCACCU